AACGUGUCCGGUCCCGAUCGAGGCGAAAGAGCUCGCCUCUCAGUCAGCGCGCGCGCGCACACACACACACACACACACACACUCCCCCACGCUCUCACACGCUCUCACACUGACACGCUCACUCUCGCGCCACAGUCAGCUCAGCCCUUCCAGGAGCGCAGUACAGCGCGCGCGCCGCGCUUUCUCUUCGGUUUUGAUGCAUCAGGUGAAUCCACGCGGUCAGGAGAUCUGAGAGUUGUGGAAAGGUCCGUUUUGUUGUGUGCGCUUUUUGUUGUAGCCGGUCAGUGUCACCGCGCGCCUCCCUCCCGCUGCAGCGUGGUCACCGCGUGAUGGAAAUAGCGUAUCUGUCGGGGGAGUGAAGGAGGCAGCCCGCGAUGGACGGGGCGGACGGCGCGGCCCCGCGCACCAACUCGAGCGCGGACGGGCAGUACGGGAGCGCGUGCGACACGGCGCUUAGCACGCUGCUGGCCGUGGCCGUGUACGUGCUCGUCAAAGCGAGCCUGGACGGCAUUCGGCAGUGGCGCGCGCGCAUCUCCGUGCUGGUGGUGGGCUCGGGACCCAUCGGGCUGACGGCGGCGCUAGUCGCUGUCCGCACGGGCAAAGUGCUGAAACUCACCGUGCUGGACGAGCGCUACAGGACGGCGCUGCUGUGCAGACCGCAGCAGAUCGCGCUGGACCCGCGCAGCGUGCGCUUCCUGCUGGGCCUCGGCGUGGACUUCGACAACAUGGAGGGCUGCUGGCACAACGAGCACUUCUUCACCAAGAUUGGAGUGUUUCAGGAGUACCUGCUCAGCAUACUGGAGCAGAAGAAGCAAAAAGUGGACGUGAAAGUGCACUUAGGCACAAAGUUCACAGAUGAGUAUCUGAGGCGGAUCCCGAGUGGAGAAUGGCCCCGGGUGAUUGUAGUAGCCGAUGGCUCUUGUGGGGACUCCUGCUCUGUGCUGGGCAUUAGCUCAGAGUACAUUGUAGAGUCAUGCCACGCCUAUGGAGCGAAUGCCACCAUAGAGAGACUGGACCAGAGACAGGUCCCCACACCUGAGAUCAGGGCACACAGCCUGUACUUUGACCUGUCAGCGUACGGCAUUGACGCUAUUAAAGAACCUCGCAGCUCCUCUCAGGCCUCAGCCAAACCCGGAUUUCACCUGAAGAUCUACGGAACAUUCCGGAACCGAUACAUGGCCUUGGCCUGCACAUCCGCCGACUCAAAGAUGAUGCGGUUCCUGCGCCACACAGCCAACUCCUCAAUCAUGAAGAACAUAUUCCACCAGUCCUUCAACGCCUAUAAGACGGACAUUGAGCCUCGACUAAGUGAGCUGACCCUGCAGCGGAUGCAGUGCAGCCGGAAGCUAUUUGAGAUUAUGCUGUCCCACCGGCGGGUCUGCGCUGCUUACAUUGAGGGGGAUAAUGUGGCUGUCACUGUGGAAGGAGAGGCUGCCCGCGUGCUCAACUUUGAUACCGGUUGUGGUGUGAACCUGGGCCUGAGGGGCUUGGAGUCACUGGGCAUAUUCAUCUACAGGACUGCCACUGCUCAGGACCAGAACGAUGUGUUUGAGGCGCUUUCAGCCAAAAUCCAGCACUCCAAACAAGUGGCUGAGACCUUCAGACAAACAGGACUGGCCACCACAUUGUUUGAAUGAUUGUGUGUGCCAGAAGCAGAUGAGCACACAACAACAAGCUGAGAAAGAAAGAGAGAGAGAAGAGAGCGAGAGAGAGAAGAGAGCGAGAGAGAGCGAGAGAGAGCGAGAGAGAGCGAGAGAGAGCGAGAGAGAGAGAGAGAGAGAGAGAGAGAGAGAGAGAGAGAGAGAGAAAAUAAAUGGUUUUGUCUCUAAAAGCUUACAUGACUUCAUGGUCACAGUUAAAGUGUAAAACUGUGUUGUUACAACUUUGUCGUACUUGGAUUGUUGUUGAUUAGUGUAAGUGCCAAAAAGGACCAAAGUUUGUGUACACGUUCUUGCUCUGUGAAGAAUAGGAUCUAGUUUAACUUUGGUCAAAGAUGACUGUGUUCUUAUGGACAGAGCAACCGUCCAUGUGAAGUGAAGACUUAAAAGCUUGUGUUGAUGUUCUGACACGCACAGUGUCGGUCAGUGUCACAGUGUCAUUAGUGUAACAAUGACUGCAGUCUGCGCAAAAAGAGAAAUUCCACCAGUUUUUCAUAAUGUCUGUAUAAUUAAACCAUUAAAAUUGAAACAAAGUUGUUCAGAGUGGUCUGAUGUGAAAUGCUCCAUUUAACAGAAACAGAAUUGUUCACAUCGGUGUGUCCGAAUAGUGCAUGCCUCUAAAAGUUAUAUGCAUUGGUUAUGAACAUGCUGCUUGAUGUCUUAUGACAGUUCUGAGAUUAAGUUUUGUCCUAAAAUAUAUUUUUAAACACAUGCAGGACUCUCUUUUCCAGGCUUACCACUAUUUGUCCAUUGUCACCCUUACAUAUAAAAACUCAGGUGUUAUUGGUGUUGUAGACAUCACUGGUUGCAAUCACCUCUGCAAAAAAAAUCCAGGUUGGAAUUUCUCUCCAAUGCACCAUGUGCAUCAGAAAAUUCUGAAUUGUUUACAUCUCAACCGCUAAAUUUUUACAGAAAUUGAGAAAAAAUCAGUUGAAUUCUCAUUUAACCCUGUUUUAUCAAAAACCCUUUGGAUACCUUCAUUUUUAUUCAAAUGCCGAUUUCACUGCUGCACACCAUUUCUGUCUUGUUUAAGAUCUGGUUUAUUAUUAGUGCGUGGGAGACGCUUUCAGACUGAAACCGUUCACAGCUGCUGUGGGAAGAUAUUAAGUUUCUUUAUUAUUGUUGUUGUUUUUAUUUACAGACAUGCCUGGAUACACACAGGUUCUGCACUCAAGUAUUUUCAUUCUCUGCUAUAUUUUACACGUAUAAUGAAACAUCUUUGGUUAAUAAAAUGAAAUCUAAA